CUAAAAUUUGAGAUAAUCUCGCAGUGGUUGGCGCUUGAUUGGUUGAUUCAGUGUCGAGGAACCGUGAUAUCGACACCUGCUUGAGGUUUGAGGAAGGGAAGGUUUCAAGAUACAGAGAAUGGGUAGAAGGCGGUUAUUUACCUCCAUGUCCCUCCUCCGAUGACGGCCUUUGAGUCAUCGGGGCGCCUUCUCAUCACCCACCAAGCCACAUCCGUCAAUGGGACUCCCUCAACCCGCAUUACUUGAUCAAAGGCUGAAGUUGAACAGCCUUGUCAUAAACACCGUGUUAAAUUGCUAUACUCUCUCUCAUACUUUUGUCGUCCUCAUAUCGAAGUCUUCACGGAUCAAUCAAAGGGGUGAUUACAGCGGAUGACAACGACAACCAUGUGGCCGAGUUCAAGCGGGAGUUCGGGUGGCCUAACCCAAUACAAGGUUGAUUGCUAAUUCUGCGGGUCGACUCCCACCCCAUCAUAACGACAUUCUAACCCAUCUCAUCUGCUUUUUCACCCCUGCACGGAAUAAAGCCCAAGUUCGCCCUUUCAGAAUUGAUCCGAAUAUCUCCUUCUCCGUUAACACCAGCAAUGAGGCUUUAAUUCUGCUGUCGGUCAGGUCCGUUCUGUUUCUUUGCCCUCAUACAGGUAACCACUGCCGGUGGUUUUCUGAACUGUAGCACAUGAGGAGCCCGCCUACUAUUGCCCUACAUGUCAGCCUUGAUUCCUCCAGUUUGCUCUUUCCCUGCCCCUAGAACGGCAUGCAUCAGGGCAAUAACAUUGGAGGACUAUAGCUUUGGCCAUUCUCCGCAUACUACUUCCUACCUCUACCCUCGUCCCCCAAGUCAUCUUACCACACUUUCCAAUCACCAUCAGAACCAUCUAUCUUUCCAGCCAUCCAGUGCCCCCCCCCUAGUGAACUUUCCUCGCUCAGCUGGUUAAAUCAACCUACAUCGUCGCCACUCCUACCAACUUGCUGUUUCAUUUGUGAAGAAUUCAUCUCACACUGCCACUCAUCAUGUCACAAGUGGAAUUGGAGUUGCUAAGAAGCCAUGGACGACCCAUCACGGCAAUUGCGGCUGUCACGGCGCUCUGACUCAUAUGCUUCCCCAGGCAAAGGUUACCGAAUCAGAUUUUGCAAUUCACAACAACCGACUUGAACCAGCCCGCCCGGGAAAAGACUUUCACGGGCCUGCCUCUGGAAUCGCGAAAUACGAUCUGGAAGAAAGUCUUGCUCAAUGUUAACAAUCAUAACUUGUACAGACAUCACGUCAAUCCUCAAGCCCGCAGUUCGAGUGUCUUUGUGUAUACACCACGGCACCGGCUCCGAAACAAACUUCCACCGGUUCCUGGCCUGUGUAAUGUUACACGUGCAGCUGCCUUGAAACACCAUGAGCGGGACUCCCCUCUAUACGUAACGGCUCACCAACACUGCCGGGGGCAGCUCAAAGGCCGACCUUAGUUAUCUAGAUCAGCCCGACUUCUCGCUAGAUAUCUCCUAAAUCCCGGCGCGAAAAUUCGGCUAAGGCCUGUCCCUUUACUUAAAUCGUAGGAUCACAAGGAAGAAGAAAUCAUGCCACUAAGUUAAGUUGUCAUCGACUUUACAGUCAGCUUUCACAGCCAGAGGAGUUGUCGACGGUUGACUUUGGGUUGCUCUCUCCAAUCAAACAACACCAAUUUCCUAUGCGAUGGAAAACGGUUGAUUCGAGGGGAAAGUGAUACAGCGAAGUGAAUCAGGGUGCAAACCAUCACCCAGGACCAACAGGAAGGCAACACCCGACAACACUUGCUGGGUAUUAGGUUAAAUGCUCAAGUGCCCUAAGCCACUGGCCUUUCACAGUCAACUGAAGACAACUCAGGCGCGAAAAUAUCACCAUCGCAUCAACGACUAUCAGCAUUGCUACCAACAUGGAUAGUUUACUGGAUCAACAAGAGCCUCUUCUCAACGAUACGGACCCAUUUCUACGUGUUUACCGUUACGCGAUCACUUUGCAUCCCAGUCCGCUUUUGUCAUCACGGUACACGAUCGAACCUCCUCCAGCUAGCCCUAGAACGUCCAGUGACACGCCAACCAAGCAGACUCCGCUACCGCCGUCACUAGCGUCUAACGACUUUUCGAAGCAAACUCCAGGACAAACCGAUGGCCAUGAAGACAACAAGGCAGAAUCACGAGUGCUUGUGCCUCGACGCGGCGCAUCCAACAUACCCGCAACGGCUCCACGGGCCGUGGUCAACACGCCACAGAGAACCGUCACAGUAACCCUGUAUGCCGCCAACCACAAGCCAUACGAAGUCCCCAUCAAGUUCUACAACCAGCAAAGCACUAGGCAUUCACGUCUCGAACAGAUCUGGGCUGGUCAAAUGCAAGGAGGGCCCGAACUCCUUUCGUGGAUUGAGAUCGUCCGUCACAAACUCUUCGCCCAAAUUCCCGGCUUCGUUUUUGUACCCCAGGAUCCUUUUCUCAGCCCCAUAGAGACCGUCAACCUCCUGGGCGGCCUAACCGAUCAACGCGAUGAUACGCAAGCACUCUCGCAGCUGACAGCCAAGUUUUUGCGAGAAUACUUUGCGAAUAUGAGCAUGGAAGACCGGCCGGUGUUGUACAGUCAAGCUCAGAAAACAGGAGACGGGGAAAAGCUCGUUGACUUCCACAAGGAGAGCCUCCACGAUAUCUUCUUCUCCAUUCAAGUCCACAGAAGAAAAGGGAACAAGAACAUCGUUGGCGACCACUUGAAGGGGCCACAUCCGCUGGUGGCUAGAGCGGCAAAGGAGAAGUAUAUCCAAGAAGCGUGUUUUCCUAUUCAUCCACAUGUGAUGAAGAAGGUUGUUCAACAUGUUGUUGAGGCGCGCAAAGCUUAUCUUCUCAAGAAGCAGGAUCAGGCUCAGACUCAGGCUCCACCACACGUCCAAUCUCAAUUAAAACGGUCUGGCUCAAUGCGCACAAUGAAAAGCUGCGUCUCAUUGAAAGCAAACGAUAUGAACAACAACAGCAUUCGCAGAAUGAAAAGUCACGCCUCCCUCAAAGACAGUGAGUCUACCAACGUAGGCAACAAUAUCAUCAUUCCUUUACCUCCAAUCCCCACAGAAGAUUGGGGCUGCCGUGAUCCCCAUGCCUGGCUAGUCGGAUGGGACUUGGAGAUGGAGAGCUUGGCUUACAUGCGUCGGAGCAGCGAUUUUCCUCGCCUUGGCAAGGUUCAGGAACGCCAGCUUGUGUUGUACCAGUUCGCCAGGAGUGUUGAUGAGUGGAUGUGGCGUUUGGAACAGGCAGAGAAGAACGCUGGAUGUGGACUUGGACUGACUGAACCGGAAAAGGUGAGGGCCUGUGAAAUGGAGGACUUGAAGGAUACGGAGGAGUUGUUGAUUGAGCUUUGAGCCCUUGAUGGGGCCGACAAUGAUCAUCUGUUGAUUAGGCUUACGUGAUCCUGUUGGGUACGAAUGAUGGAAUAAGCGUGGUUGAAUUGGCUCUAAUAUCAAUAUGGGCUUGAUUUUGCGAUGUCUACUUCGUAAAGCAUGUCUGGGAAUGGUGGUUGUCCGAUGGUGUUCACACGGCGCAUUGACAGGAAGGUAAUGCUGUCCAUGAUGAGCCGCGGCAAUGAACUAAUAGUGUUGUUGUAAAGGAUAAAUUAAUGGAACCUUUAUGAACGCUUCGUUUC